AUGCUCAUCACAAGAAACUGUUGUAAAUUUAUGGAAUCUGUUAAGCGUUUGAAGGUUGAAAUGGUCAAGACAGUUUGUACACAUAGUGGAACUUUCCACGCUGAUGAAGCAUUGGCAGUCUACAUGCUAAAACUUUUACCACAGUACAAGGAUGCCAAGGUUGUUAGAUCUCGUCAACCAGAGGACUGGGAGAAAAGUGAUAUCGUUGUUGAUGUUGGUGGUAAAUACGACGGAACCAAAUUCUUUGAUCAUCACCAGCGUGGAUUUUACGAAAAUUUUGAGAACCGCGAGACUAAACUAUCGAGUGCAGGUUUAACCUACAAGCAUUUUGGUCGUGAAAUUAUUAAAACAAUUCUAAACAAGGAAUUAAGCCAAUCAGACUUGGAUUUUCUGUGCCACAAGAUUUAUCAGCAGUUUAUUGAAGCUCUUGAUGCCAAUGACAAUGGUAUUAACUGCUACGAUGAAGGAAAACCAAAAUUUAUCCAAAAUGGUAUAACUCUUCCAGGUGUGAUCUCUAGAAUGAACCCAGACUGGAAUGAAGAUAACAGUCCAGAGAGGUUCGAUCAACAGUUCACCAAAGCCAGUGACUUUAUCGGUAACGUUUUUGUCGAUCUAGUCAAAGGUUACGGUAACUCUUGGUUACCUGCCAAGACAUUGGUACGUGAGGCCAUUGAUAACAGAUUCAAGGUUCACCAAAGUGGUCAGAUACUUGAAUUUAAACAAUUCUGCCCAUGGAAGGACCAUCUUUUCGACAUUGAAUCUGAAUUGAAAAUCGAAAACCAGCUAAAAUUCGUGCUUUUCCCUGAUGGCAGCGGUGCAUGGCGUGUAACUACUGUCCCCGUUGAGCCAGGUUCUUUCCAAUUCCGCCAAGGAAUUUUAGAGCCAUGGAGAGGUUUAAGGGAUCAAGAAUUGAGUGAAAAAUCUGGCAUUAAAGACUGUAUUUUUGUGCAUGCAUCAGGAUUCACUGGUGGUGUCAGAUCAAGAGAAGGAGCUCUAGAGAUGGCUCUACGUUCCUUGUGA